CCUCCUACUUCCUCCCUCCUUGCUCCAAUAAAUGAUUUGAAAUCUCUUUCAAGAUCUCAAUAUCAAUAUAAUAUCAUACUAUCCUCUUUAAAUGACUCCUUUGAAAAAAAAUCUUUAAUGAUUCCUUUUUAUCCUGAAACUCUCAAGCUUGGUAGACCCGCUGGAAUUAAAGUUAAACCCACUCAAACUAAUGGCUAUUUUGAUUCAAGGGUACUAUCUAGAAAUCAUGCUCAACUAUAUGCUGAAAAAUCAUCUGGAAAGAUUUUCAUUAAAGAUCUAGGCUCUUCUAAUGGUACUUUUGUAAAUCAAAACAAAAUUUCCACUGAUCAUAAUUUAUCCCCCUGUGAAAUCAAAGUAGGUGAUCAAAUAGAUUUAGGUUUUGAUAUUGAGACUCAUUUAAAUCACAGAAAGAUAUCUGCUAAAGUAGAAUCCUUAACCUUAAUUCCUCUUUUUAACAAUAAAAAUAUUAACAACAAUAACAAUAAUCUUUUCAAUGUUAAUUCUCCAAACGAUUUAUUUCAAAACUCAAUUUUAAACAACGCUUUUGAUUCUGCUUUAUUCGGUGACAUCUUACCCGCUUAUGAAGAUAACGCAAUCAAUUUUAAAAAUGAAUUAAUGACUGGCUUAUCCAUUAACUCAAAUUUAUCAACCUCAUCAACUUUGGAAUACCAAAUAAGAACUUUAAUUAAUGAGAUACACUUAAUAAAAGUGUCCAAUUUAAAAUUAAAAUCUGUUGAAAAUUUCCUAAUUCACUACAAAAAAAAUUUAUCCUCUUUCCAAAAAAAAAAAGAUGAAUUAAACAAUAAAAACUUGAGAAAUGCUGAAAAUAAAAUAUUUAAAAAGCUUGAAAAAAAUUUUCAAGAAAACUAUCAAGAAAAAUUCCUGAAAAUUUCAAAGGAUUUACAAUCUAAAGAUAAUAUAAUCAAUAAUUUAAAAUUCAAAAUAAGUGAUGACUUAAAAUCAGUUAACAAUUUAAAUGAUUCAAUCCGUUUUUUAAAUAAUAAAAUUGUUGUC